AUGGCGACUUGCCUUCUCAGCCAUAGCAGCCUCGACUCUUUCCCUCUCACGAGUAACCUCCAAACCCCAGGAUGGGCCAUCGAGCUCGGCGAGCUCGAUAUUACCUACAAGAACCGUACAGCAGCGAAGUCCCAAGUCCUCGCGGACUUCCUGGUCGAGUUGGCCCCAAAAUUGGAACAAGAUCUUAUACUCCCAAGUUCAAACUGGACGCUUCACGUCGAUGGAUCAUCGACCAACAAGGGAGCAGGAGCUGGAGUCCAACUACAGUCCCCGACCGGAGAGCUAAUCAGGCAGUCUUUUAGCUUUGGCUUUCCCGCGUCAAACAACGAAGCAGAAUACGAAUCUCUGAUCGCCGGACUCCGCUUAGCAAAAGCCGUAAAAGCUAAACAACUAAGCGCCUAUUGCGACUCUCAAUUAGUCGCCAGUCAGUUCAGCGGCGACUACGAUGCCCGCAACGACCGAAUGGAUGCCUAUCUCAAAAUAGUGCAAAGCCUGACAGCAGAGUUCGAGUUCUUCGAACUCAUCAAAGUUCCCAGAGGCGAAAACGUCUGCGCCGACGCCCUUGCGGCCCUUGGCAGCAAGCUUCGUGAUCAAGUUAAACGAACCAUCCCGAUACAUCGUAUCGAGAAACCAAGCAUCAAUAUUCCUAUCGACCAAACCCUCGUUGCCCCGAUCAUCGAACCCGCUACUCCAGAUGACGACGGAUUUGGUCCUGAUUGGAGAACUGAGUUUAUCGACUACCACUCGAAGGGAGAACUCCCAAACGACAAAUGGGAAGCUCGCCGACUAAAAACACGCAGCGCCCAUUACGUCGUUCUUGACGAUGAACUACACCGCUGGACCGCGAGUAAAGUACUCCUAAAAUGCAUUCAUGGCGACGAGACAGCAAGGGUUAUGGCAGAGACGCACGAAGGCGCUGGCGGAAAUCAUUCGGGCGGACGUGCAUUAGCAAUCAAAGUAAGGAGCUUGGGCUUCUUCUGGCCAACAAUGAACGCAGAUUGCGAGUCUUACGCGAGAAGCUGCGACAAGUGCCAACGGCACGCACCUAGUAUCCAUUGUCCAACCAAAAUGUUACGAACAACCACCGCUCCAUACCUGUUCAUGCGAUGGGCAAUGGACAUCAUUGGACCACUUCCAUGUUCCCGCCAAAGACGCUUCAUCCUCGUCCUCACCGACUACUUUACCAAAUGGAUCGAAGCUGAAGCAUACGCUCAAGUCACGGACAAAGAAGUCCGCGGUUUCGUCUGGAAAAAUAUUAUUUGCCGCCACGGUUUACCUUAUGAGAUCGUUACCGAUAACGGAUCGCAGUUCAUGUCAGGCAACUUCAAGGAGUUCUGUGGCAGAUGGAACAUUCGACUAAGCCCCUCCACUCCUCAUUACCCGCAAGAUAAUGGCCAGGCAGAAUCCUCCAAUAAACUCAUCAUCGAUGGCGUUAAAAAGCGCCUGGAUCUGAAAAAGGGUCACUGGGCCGACGAGCUCGAUGGGGUCCUAUGGAGCCAUCUCACAACGUCGCGAGGAUAG